AUGCCCAUGUACGAGGAGGAGCUUGCUCAACGAGGGGAAAAAUCUCAAGUAGGUCAGACAGUCACCGUUCCGACAGAAUUUGAAGGGGAAAUCGCGGAAUUAUAUCGACCCACAAUGUUCCAGAGUAAUAUCACCAUUUUGAGCUGUUACAUCGCAAACUUUAGUGAUGGUUUCCAAAACACUCUUGCAAAUCCGACAAAUGUCAUCUUCAAAGUGUUACUUGGGCCACACGUUUACUCAUCAGAUAUGAAAACACGUACCAGUAACUCGUUGAUCAUUGGAGCCAUUCUAGGAGUGGUCGUUCUUGGCUACAAUUCAGACAUGGUUUCGCGAAGAGGGGGGCUGCUUUCCACCUCCUCCCUCGUAGCAAUUGGCAUCGCUGGAUUUGGAGUGGGAGGCGAGUAUCCUCCGAGUGCUGCUGUAGGUCUCGAGGAAUCCGAUGGAAUCCUAAGAAAUUACCGCGGGCCACUUUUCGUUUCUUUCACCACAUUGAUGGCGACCCUUGCUGGCCACAUCUUACAAAUUAUCUAUCUCAUCAGUCUCGUGGCCAGCGAUAACAACCUCACAGUUGCGUUUCACACCAUGUAUUCAAUUGCGACAAUUCUUCCUGUCAUAAUUAUGGUCCUGCGUGUCUUUAUGGUUGACUCAUCGCUGUUUCAUCACUCUAAUCUGGUGAAUCAACGCCGAUCUCCACGGCUUUUUUGGCUCCUUGCGCGACGCAUCAUGUCUGGCGUCAUCAUUUCUUCGCUUGUCGAGAACAACGACAUCCGCAAGACGGCAGUUUGGCAGAUUGUGCUCGCUGUUCUGCCUGUGCCCGCUGUCAUGUUGGGCGCUUGGCUCACGAACUCAAUCGGAAGACGAUACACUGGAAUACUCGGCUUUGUCGGUUAUAUGAUUCUUGGUUUUAUCAUCGGCGGAACUUACACCGAGCUUUCUCGGCAUAUAGCUGCUUUUGUCGUGCUUUAUGAACUGCUUCAAGCAUUUGGACACAUGGGCCCUGGGGCUACAAUCGGGCUCAUCUCAUCUGAAGUGUUCCCUACUGCAAUGAGGGGCAUGGGCUACGGAAUUGCGACAGCUUUCGGAAGGACUGGGGCAGCAGUUGGCACGGAAUGUUUUACUCACUUGCAAGAUCAGGCUGGGAAGAGCUCAACGUUCUACUUGGCCGGUGGAGUGGCGGUUCUUGGAAUAUUUGUGUACUAUCUCCUCCCGGAGAGCAGCGAAAUUGAUCUCGAAAAGGAAGACAGAUCGUUGGAGGAUUUCCUGGCCGAGAAAGGAUACAAGAUAGGUGGUAAGUAA